UAGUUCAAUACUAUAAUAUACUCAAUUAAUAUACUCCGAGGAAAUGAUAAACCAAAGAAGUUUGCGGCUGCUACAGAAACUUGCGAAUGGAUCCAAGCAGAACUUUCGCCUGGCACACGGUCAAAGUUCGUCUACUUCGUUGAAGGCGCUAACAAAACAUUAUGACGAGGUUAGCAUCCCAGUUCCCUGGGGUCACAUAGCUGGCAAAUGGUACGGACCGAAGCAUGUACGACCGAUUCUUGGCAUGCACGGUUGGCAGGACAAUGCUGGCACUUUCGACACUCUCGCACCGCUACUGCCACCGCAUCUCUCCUUUCUCAGCAUAGACGCACCGGGUCACGGGCACUCUUCAUGGUUGCCACCAGGCGUUUCGUAUCACUCCAUAGAUUAUGUUCAGUUGGUUCUGCGUAUAAUGGAGGAAUAUAACUGGAAGAAAGUGUCCAUAAUGGCUCAUUCAAUGAGCUCCUUAAAUGGCUUCGUUUUCGCUUCACUAUUCCCAGACAAACUGGAUAUGUUGAUUGGGCUAGACAUUCUCAAGCCCCUAAUACGCAGUCCAAAGUAUAUUGUGAAUAUGCUAUCCGAACGCCUAUCGGACUCUCUCAAACUGGAACGUCGCUUACGCAGCAACAGUGAACCCCCAGCCUACGAAUGGGAUCAACUGGUAGAGCGUCUGCAUCACGGCACGGACAAGUCCGUCGACUUGGAGGCUUGCAAGUAUCUGUUGCAGCGCAACAGUAAACCGUCCAGCCACGAGCCUCACAAAUAUUACUUCUCCCGCGACAACCGCCUGAAGACCUCUCUGUUUUACACACUCUCCAAUGAGAUGGUGUUGGAAAUGGCAUCGCGCAUCACAGCGCCCCAUCUGUUCAUCAAGGCACUGCAGGCACCUUACUAUGAGGACAAGAAAUACUACGACGCUGCCCUGGAGGUGCUGCGACAGAAUCCGAACUUUGAAUAUCAUGAAGUCGAGGGAACGCAUCACGUGCACCUCAAUGAGCCCGAGAAGGUGGCGCCCAUCAUCAACUCAUUCAUAAGCAAAUGCAGACCCUUAUGAGAAGAUUUAGAUGAAAUGAAUUUUUGUAUAUACUUGCUAGUUAUGAUCUAUUGAAGGACACAGAUAUUAACAAUGUUGUUUUUUUGUUUUGUACGCUAUGGUAUUCCCGAAUAUAGUUCAUAAUUGACGACGAUACAAAUUACUUAAUAAAAAUAGUCUUUGAUGUUUCUAUUUAAUUUAAUUACCGUUGAUACUGGCAAUAACAUUACAGCUAGAGUAGAUUACAAACUUGAAAA